CUCGAAGGAACACUAAAAGGGAAAAAAUCAAAACUUCUGGGUGGUGCGCCAUUGUACGUCCAUCCGUUGCUCGGAUGUUGGCAGACGACAACUCGGACUAUCUGCCUCUGCCUACAGGAAUUCGUAUUUCUUUUCCAGGUUGAGCCACAUUGCCCAGUCUCUUUUCAUUUUGAACGCCAAUUGCCGUCUGGAUUUUGCUCUUUCAGCUCAUUGGCGUCGGAGCAAAAUCAUCAGCAAAGAGACGAAAAACACAAGCAAAAAUUCUCCCCCUUUUUUUAACCUUUCAAAUCGGAAAGUCGGAGAUAUUUUUGAUUGGUUUUGGGGCAAUUGAAUUCGAAAACGAAUAGAAAUGGCGUGGCUCGGCCGGCUGUGGCUCCUCACCUGCCUGACGCUCAUCCCCACCUUCCAUGUGAUGCAAUGCGCUGCUGCUGAUGAAAAAGGCGCCUCCGCUUCCAAUCACACCGUCAACUUUAUCGACUUCGUCAAGUAUUUGACACAUCCGCCGGAGAUUGUGGAGCGACCGAAAGACGUUGCCGUUCGUUCGGGAGGAAUCGCCGCCUUUUACUGCCGGGCUCGAGGAGAACCGACGCCUCAACUGUCGUGGCGCAAAAACGGACGCAAGGUUUCGCCGCAGUCGCCGCGCUACCUGGUGAUCCCGCAGCCGUCCAUGUCGGUGCUGCGGAUCGACUCGGCCAAGGCGGGCAAGGACGACGCCAAAUACGAGUGCGUGGCCGAGAACGGAGUGGGAGACGCCGUCGUCGCUUCCGCCACAUUGUCCAUUUACCCAGAAACGGAUUUACCAUCGGGAUUUCCGCGCAUCACGUCAUGGCCUGCCCAAUUGCCCGUCGUCGAAAAGGGUCGGACUCAUCUGCUCGAGUGCGGCGCUUCCGGCAUUCCGGAACCUUCCAUUUCGUGGAUUCGCGAUAUGGUGCCCGUCAAUCUCUCCAAUCCGCGCUACCAGCAAAUCGCAUCCGACUCCAAAUCCAAAGGUUCGCUGCAGAUAACCAACAGCGAAGAAGAGGAUCAAGGCAAAUACGAAUGCGUGGCCGAGAAUUCGCUCGGCAUUGAAAUAUCCAACGUGUCCACCCUGCACGUCCGAGUUCGACGAGUACCUCCGUAUUUCUCGAUGCCUCUGCAAUCGAUCUACGAGGUGAAACCGGGCUCGUCGUUGAACAUCACUUGCGUGGCCGGCGGCUCGCCCAUGCCUUACGUCAAGUGGCGCAAAGGCCUCGAGGAUUUGGAGCCGGAGCAUUCGCUGCCCAUUGGUCGCAACAUUCUCGUCUUGGAAGACAUACAAGAGUCGGCCAAUUACACUUGCGUCGCCUCCAGCAAACUCGGCCAAGUGGAGAACACCACCUUUGUUCGAGUCGAAGAAUUGCCGUACGCGCCGUCCAAUGUGCGCAUCUCGGAAAUCACGGCCAAUUCGGUGCACAUUAGCUGGCACUAUGACGGCCCGCCCAGCGAAGCCGUCGAAUUCGUGAUCCAGUACAAGCCGAAAUUGGCUCCCGCCUCGGACCAUUUGGAAGUGGUCGGUCUCAAGACCAAUUACUACACCGUCCAGGGCCUCUACCCUUUCACGGAAUACGAGUUCUACGUGGUGGCAGUCAGCGCCAUCGGCCGCGGUUUGGCCAGCACGGCCACCUUUGUCACCACCGGAGAAACAGCCGAUCCCACGUACGGAGGACCAAAACCGGGAACGGCUCCGAAAAACGUUCAAGUGAGACCAUUGAGCUCGACGACGAUGCUCAUCCAGUGGGAAGAACCGGACACGCCCAACGGCCAAGUGAUUGGAUACAAAGUGUUUUACACGACCAAUCCCGGACUGGCCAUCGCCUCGUGGGACUCUCAGGUGGUGGACCACAAUCUGUUGACGACCAUCAGCGAUUUGACGCCCCACACGAUCUACACGAUCCGCGUGCAAGCCGAGACGAGCGUCGGCAGCGGGCCGCUAUCCGUCCCCGUCCAGGUCAAGACGCAGCACGGCGUGCCCAGUCAACCGACCGGAUUGAGGGCCAUCGACGUGUCGGCCACUUCGGUGUCGCUCGAAUGGGCGCGGCCGCACCACACGGGCGAAAAUGUCAACAGCUAUGAGCUCUAUUGGAACGACACGUUCACCAAAGAGAAACAUCACCGGUCGUUGCCCGUCAGUGAAACGUACGUCCUCAACGGCCUCCAGCCCAACACGCUCUAUUACAUUUGGCUGGCGGCCAAAUCGAAACGCGGCGAAGGAGCCACCACGCCACCCAUUCCUGUACGAACGGACCAAUACGUGCCGACGGCGCCUCCGCAAAACGUGCGAGGCGAACCGGAGGACAGCAGUUCGGUGCGGGUGAUGUGGAGUGCCCCGCCCGUCGACAAACAAAACGGCCACAUCUCGCACUACAAGCUCUACUACGUGGAAGCGUCGAGACCGGACAAGGAAGCCAUCGAGAUGAUGCUGAAAAGUCCGUUGCAGGACGGCACCGAAUUCAAACUGGAGGAGCUCAAAAAGUGGACGCAGUAUCGCAUUUGGUUGCUGGCCGGCACGGUGGUCGGUGACGGGCCGCCAUCCGAAUCCAUCACCGUCCGAACGCAAGAAGAUGUGCCCGGCGAUCCGCAGAAAGUGACCGUCAUCUCGGUCAACUCGACGUCCAUCCGCGUCGAGUGGAAGCCCCCGGUCGAAAAGGAACAAUACGGAAUCAUUCGAGGCUACCAGAUCCACGUGCAGGAAGUGGACGCAAAGGAUGCCGUGGUGGGCCAGCCGUUGCGCUACGAUGUCGGCGCCGUCGAGGAGUACACGAUCGGCGGCCUCCAGCCGGACACGUCUUACGCCGUGCAAGUGGCCGCUUUGACCCGGAAAGGCGACGGCGCUCGGUCGGCGCCCAAGAGAGUGACGACACCUGGCGGCGUGCCCAAUCGGCCGGCCGUCAGCCUCAAGAUCGUCAAAGAAGAGCCGACCGUCAGCGUGGAAGUGGUUUGGAGCCGGCCCACUCAGACGUAUGGCGAACUGAAAGGCUACCGGUUGCGCUACGGAGCCAAGGAGGUCGGGUCGUCAUCGUUGGGUUCGUCAGCCGUCGAGACGAACGUCAACGAGUUGCUGCUCGACGGGCCGCAGAUCCAACAUCGGCUGAUCGAAGGCCUCGAACGCGGACUCGAGUACGAAUUCCGCGUGGCCGGACGCAACCACAUCGGCUACGGCCAGGAGGCGGUGCAGCUGCUGCCGACGCCGGAGGGAGCGCCGUCGGGCCCGCCCACCAACAUCACGUACCGUUUCCAGACUCCCGACGUGGUGGUGGUCCGCUGGGACGUGCCGGCGCUGGAGCAGCGCAACGGCCGCGUGAUGGGCUACCUGAUCCAGUUCUACAAGAAGGUGGACAACAGCGUGGUGACGGAGCGCAACGUGUCGGGCGCGACGGGCAAGGCCGUCUUCACGUCGCUCGAGGAGAACAUGGACUACGAGUUCCGCGUGCAGGCGCGCACCGGCAAGGGCUCGGGCCCGUUCAGCGACCGGGUCCUGUUCCGGACGGAGCGCGACAUCGUGCGCGCGCCCAUGGCGGUGCGCGCCAUGGCCACCUCCUUCUCGUCGGUGGAGGUGUGGUGGGACACGGUGCCCGGCCGCGGCAAGGUCAUCGGCUACACGGUCUUCUACACGAUGACGGCCGUCGACGACCUGGACGAGUGGCAGCACAAGUCGGUGGCCGUGACGGGCUCGUGCGAGCUCUCCAACCUGGAGCGCAACUCGCAGUACGCCGUGACGGUGGCGGCGCGCACCAAGUCCGGCUACGGCCGCCUCUCGGACAAGGUGACGGUGACGGUCAAGCCGGAGGACGUGCCGACGGAGCUGCGCGCCCACUCGGUCAGCACGCACUCGAUGUCGCUGUCGUGGCAGCAGCCCAUCCGGCUCAACCCCGUCAACUACAAGGUGACGUUCGACGCCGUCAAGGAGUUCGUCGACUCGCAGGGCAUCACGCAGACGCAGCCCAUCGCGCCGCAGACGUCCAUCUGGUCGCCGGACACGCUCACCUUCUCCGUCAACGAGCUGUCGCCCUUCACGACGUACAACGUCAACGUCAGCGCCGUGCCGCCCGACCGCUCGUACAGGCCGCCGGCGCGCAUCACCGUCACCACCCAGAUGGCGGCGCCGCUGCCCAUGGUCAAGCCCGACUUUUACGGCGUCCGCGACGGCCAGCAGAUCACCAUCAUCCUGCCUCAGGCGUCGGAGGAGUACGGCCCCAUCAGCCACUACCUGCUGGUCGUCGUUCCGGAAGACAAGCGCAACGACCACAAGCAGCCCGACCAGUUAAUGAACAGCGAUUUGAUGCAGGCCGGCGGUGGUGUUGGUGUUGGUGUUGGUGUUGGUGUUGGUGGUGCUGGUGGCGGUCAGGCGGGCCAGCAGGGGCACGCCAAUCUGAAGGCGGGAGCGGCCAAGCCGUCAGAGGAGCGCAGCCAGCCGUACGUGGCGGCCAAGUUUUUGCGGCGCAACGUGCCCUACACAUUUUUGCUGGGCAACGGCCAAGAAUUUGAAGGCAUGCUGAAUAGGAAACUGGACAAGACGAUGCGAUACCGCGUCUUUCUAAGGGCCGUCGUCGACACUCCGCACAAACACCUGUACACGUCCAGUCCGUUUUCCGAUUACUUGUCGCUGGACAUGCGCGAGGCUCCGGCCGGCGAACUUCCGCAGCGGCCCAACCCCAACGUGGGCAACGUCGACUCGUCUUACGUGCCCGUUCCGUCGGACGCCGAGGAGGCGGGCCUUUUGUGGAUCGCCCUGGCCGCGUCGGGCAUCGUCUUCGUCCUCCUGCUGGCCACCGUCGUGGCCGUCUGCUCGCGGAGGCGUCGCCGCUCGCCCAAAUCGUCCGACCACUCGUCGGUCACCAAGCCGCUGAUGGGCGGCGGCGGCGGCGUCGGCCUGGCCGACAACGACCCGGUGGAGCUGCGCCGCUUAAACUUCCAGACGCCCGGCAUGGCGUCGCAUCCGCCCAUCGUCAUCCACGACAUUUCGGCGCACAUCGACGCCCUGAAGCUCAACGACAACCUCAAGUUUUCGCAAGAGUACGAGUCGAUCGAGACGGGCCAGCAGUUCACGUGGGAGCACUCGAACGCCGACAUCAACAAGCCGAAGAACCGCUACGCCAACGUGGUGGCCUACGACCAUUCGCGCGUCGUUCUGGAGCAGGUGCCGGGCGUGCCGGGCAGCGACUACAUCAACGGCAACUUCUGCGACGGCUACCGCAAGCGGGACGCGUACGUGGCGACGCAGGGCCCGCUGCCCGAGUCGUUCGCCGACUUCUGGCGCAUGUGCUGGGAGCAGAGGACGUCGACCAUCGUCAUGAUGACGCGCCUGGAGGAGCGGGCGCGCAUCAAGUGCGACCAGUACUGGCCCGGCCGCGGCUCGGACACGUACGGCGUCGUCAGCGUCAUGAUCACGGACGUGCAGGAGCUGGCCACCUACUGCGUGCGCACCUUCCAGCUGCACCGGCUGGGCACGAGCGAGCACCGCGAGGUCAAGCAGCUGCAGUUCACGGCCUGGCCGGACCACGGCGUGCCCGACCACCCGGCGCCCUUCCUGCAGUUCCUGAAGCGGGUGCGGGCGCUCAACUCGGCCGACUCGGGCCCCAUGGUGGUGCACUGCAGCGCCGGCGUGGGUCGCACGGGCGCCUUCAUCGUCAUCGACUCGAUGCUGGAGCGGCUGCGCUACGAGAACACGAUCGACGUGUACGGCCACGUGACGGUGCUGCGCGCCCAGCGCAACUACAUGGUCCAAACGGAGGACCAGUACAUCUUCAUUCACGACGCGCUGCUGGAGGCGGUGACGUGCGGCGACACGGAGGUGCCGGCCCGUUCGCUGCACGCCCACCUGCACGGCCUGCUGCAGCCGUGCGUGCAGGUGGCCGACGGUGGCGGUGGCGGUGGCGGCGGCGGUGGCGGCGGCACCAGGGGAACCACCAGCGGUGGAACGCUGUCCAACAUGAUGACCGGCAUGCAGCACGAGUUCAAAAAACUGGCCGCCAUACGGACCCAGCCUGGCCGCUUCGUCAGCGCCAGCCUGGCCGCCAACAAGCCCAAGAACCGGCUGGUCAACGUGCUGCCCUACGAGUCGACGCGCGUCAUCCUGCAGCCGAUGCGCGGCGUCGAGGGCAGCGACUACAUCAACGCCAGCUUCGUCGACGGCUACCGCUACCGCAACGCCUACAUCGCGACGCAGGGCCCGCUGGCCGAGACGACCGAGGACUUUUGGCGCAUGCUGUGGGAGCACAACUCGACCAUCGUCGUCAUGCUCACCAAACUGCAGGAGAUGGGCCAGGAGAAGUGCCACCAGUACUGGCCGUCCGACCGCUCCAUUCGCUACCAGUACGUGGUCGUCGAGCCCGUCACCGAGUACAACAUGCCGCAGUACAUCCUGCGCGAGUUUAAGAUGACGGACGCCAGGGACGGCCAGUCGCGAACCGUCCGCCAAUUCCAGUUCACCGACUGGCCGGAGGAGGGCGUGCCCAAGUCGGGCGAAGGUUUCAUCGAGUUCCUCGGCCAGGUGCACAAGACCAAGGAGCAGUUCGGCCAGGAGGGGCCCAUCACGGUCCACUGCAGCGCCGGCGUCGGCCGCACCGGCGUCUUUAUCACGCUCAGCAUCGACUUGGAGAGGAUGCAAUACGAAGGAGUGGUCGACGUGUUCCAGACGGUGCGCAUAUUGCGAACGCAGCGACCCGCCAUGGUGCAAACGGAGGAUCAAUACCAAUUCUGCUAUCGGUCGGCGCUGGAAUAUCUGGGAUCGUUCGAUCAUUACGCUGGAUGCGACUGACGUCAGGGGACACAGUGCGAGGCGGCCGGUGGAACAACGCCGUCGCCGCCUUGGUCGCAAGCCGAAUCCCGGCUUCCCGUCCCUCCGUGGCACGCCUUCACUACACCGCCACUCUCCUCGCACUGUGCCCUUCGAUGAUGAUGACGAUGACGAUGAUGAUGAUGACGAUGAUGAUGAUGACGAUGUUGAUAACGAUGAUGAUCACGAUGAUCACGAUGAUGAUGGAAACAAAGAGAUUUCUAUUCAUCUCCUUGUCCCUAACACACACACACUCGAACAAUCCUCCUUUUAAAACCUUCUUUGUCCCCUCCCUAAUGCACGCAAGUCUCUUUAGUUGUCGUGUCACUUGCUCGUUUAUGACUUGCCAGCAGAAUCGACCGUGUCGUGAAGGGCGACUAGCGAAAAGAGACUAGCGAAGGACUACCGAUUUGAAGAGAAGAAUGCACUGAACUCAAACAUUUUGGAAAAUGACAUGUUUCAUUGCUGAAAAUGCGACGAUCAAUGGAACUGAAGAAGGAGAACAAAAAUCAAGAAGACGAAGAAGAAGAAGAAAGACAACGGCACAAAAAGUCAUAAUGUUGUGUCAAAGAAAAAACAAAAAAACAAAUACAAAAAAAAAAAUAAAAUGUGUUUUUGGACAAAAGUUUAAAAAUAAUUGCUACUCAAAUCAAGAAUGUAUAAUGGCGCCAAUAAUGUACAGGAGUCAAGACGAGAUUGAUUAUCAUUGUUCCCGCUUUUUAACUGUACCGAUUUUGUGUGCUUUUUACGAAGCCCCACCGUAAAUUAGUUAUCAGAGGCAGCUCAUUGGUUGACCGACAUUCUGCCAUAUCAUUCCUGUCAUGAAAAACAAAAAACUAAGAAAAAAAACAAAGAAAACUUUUUUCGAAUUCCUUUUUUUUAAAUAUUUUGAAUUGUAAUUUAUUUAUUUCGUGGUUGUGUGACAUUUGAAACACAACUGGAAGAACGGCCUUCUCGGCGCAAUUUCUCUGUACUUAAGUUGUUUUUCGUUUCGCGUUUUUUUUUUACAGUCGUUUUCUUUUCAAUCAUAGCAAGCUACAGCCCAGCUCCCUUUGCUCAUUUACGCGGCAGUGUCAAUCCCAUCCAUGUGUUAUCACCAUCGUCGUGUCCAAUCAUCCCAACUGUCUCAUGUUUUCUCUUUGAGUUGCGCGUUGGUGUCCUUUUCUUUUUUCCCGUUUUCUAUUUGAUUUUCGAGAAAAUACUGUGCGAUUGUGUGUGUGUGUAUGUGUGUGUGUGUGUGUAUCUGUCUAUUCUCAGCGCGUGUAUGUAGUCGUUUCAUUGGAGACUGAACAAUCGGCAGCUUUCGUGUUCCUUUUAUUGUAAAAGUGUGACGAUUAUUACAACAAGAAAGGGACGAAAAGAUGA